AUGCUGCUUGUUGAGCAUGGUUUAGACAAGGAAGGGCAUUACGUUGGUUCGGACCCCCUGCAACUAGCGCGCGCCGACGUGUACUUCUCGGAAAUCAACAACCAGGACGGCAGGCCGAAAUAUGUGCCGAGAAGCGUGCAGAUCGAUCUGGAGGCUGGUGUAUGCAAUCGCAUUCGCAGCGGUCCAACGGGUGCCUUGUUCCGUCCUGAUACCUUCCUGACUGGGGAAUCGGGAGCAGGGAAUAACUGGGCGAAGGGAUGCGCUGAGCUGGUGGACUCCAUCCUGGAUAUUAUCCGGAGGCAAACGGACAGCUGCGACUCCCUCCAAGGGUUUCAGAUGUUGCAUUCCCUGGGCGGUGGAACGGGUGCUGGAUUGGGCUCCCUGCUCCUUUCCAAGCUGCGCGAGGAAUAUCCCGAUCGCAUGCUGGCUACGUUCUCUAUCUUGCCGUCUCCGAAGGUUUCCGAGACAGUCGUCGAGCCUUACAACGCGCUGCUCUCCAUCCACCAAUUGAUCGAGAACUGUGACCUUACGAUCUGCCUCGACAACGAGGCGCUCUACGAUAUCGCUCUUCGAACACAACAUAUUCAGCAUCCAGACUUCGAAAGUCUCAACAGCUUGAUUUCGCAAGUUCUUUGCGGCGUCAGCACAAGUCUGCGAUUUCCGGGCCAACUGAAUGGUGAUCUCCGCAAACUCGGAAUGAACCUCAUUCCGUUCCCUCGGCUGCACUUCCUUAUGCCGAGCUAUGCACCAUUCUUUGACCCGAAGGCUCGCUCAUUCAACCGGACGUCGGUCGACGACCUCACCCGCUCUCUUUUUGAUCGUCGGAACUUGCUGGUUGCGUGUGAUCCCCGAUUUGGACGAUAUCUGACUGCUGCGACUAUCUUCCGAGGCAAGGUCUCUUCACGCGACGCUGAGCAUUCUGUUCGCGAACUUCAAACCCGCAACUCGGCUUCGUUCGUGGAAUGGAUUCCAGACAACGUAUCCGUCACCUACAGCUCGGUGCCACCUGUAGGACAGCCAGUGGCUGCUACCUGUCUUGCCAACUCCACGUCCAUCCAGGAGCUAUUCACCAGGAACAUGACCCAGUUUUCGGCGAUGUACAAGCGACGUGCGUUCUUGCAUUGGUACACGGGUGAGGGCAUGGACACGAUGGAGUUCACCGAAGCGGAAAGCAAUGUUCAGGAUCUUGUCCACGAAUACCAGCAGGCAAGUCAUUUGAGCGCUUCGUCGUGGUCAGCUGAUAUUGAUACCCGUUUCCAGUACCAAGAAGCGACCGUGGAGGAGUACGAAGUAGAGGAAUAUGCCCAAGAAGAAGAGGUGCAGGAAGAAUACGCAGAAGAAGAACAAUAA